AUGGGACGCUACGAACUCGAAUAUCCCAAGGACGCAACCAAUGUCGUCAAGCGCCGUGGCGAGCGAGGUCAGUCAUUUAUCCUGCGACGAGCAUGGACGAUGGCUAAGGACAGCACAGGCAUCUACGCACUUGAAAGGAUCCAUGGACUCAUCAACACAAGCCAGAUCCUCCAUGUCUCCUUCACCCCUCCGGAUUCUGCGUUCCCCGUCACCCUUCCCAUGAUCGGUCAGAUGGGCUCGUUCGACCGCCCCAGCGCCUCCAUCGGCGACCCCUUGGACUUGUAUAUCCAUGGCUUCGCUUCUGCGCGUAUGUUUAACGUUGGCCGAGCCGCAGGUGAGGACGGUGUCCCUGUCUGCGUUGCUGCGUCACAUGUGGACGGCAUCGUCCUAGCCCUCUCAGGCUUUAACCACAGUUACAACUACCGUUCCGCUGUGCUUUUCGGUCACGCGUCACUCGUCACCGAUGAGGCCGAGAAGAUGUACGCAUUAGAGCUGAUCACUGACAGUGUCGUGCCGCACCGUUGGCGCAACACACGUUUACCCCCAACCGGGGCGGAGAUGCAGAGUACAGGCAUUUUGCGGGUGAAGAUCAAGUCUGGUAGUGCGAAGAUACGUGACGGUGGGGCUGUGGAUGAUAAGAGUGAUUUAGAGAACGAAGAAGCGCUCAACAGGGUAUGGACAGGGGUCGUGCCCGUGCACACGGCCGUGGGCGAACCUGUCCCCAGCGAGUACAACAGACUCGAGCUCCCUGAGUACGUGUCAGAAUUCCUCGGCGAGUUUAAUGACUGCCACAAACACCAGGCGGACGCGGCGACGCACCGGGGGACAGGGUAG